UGAACGCCUAUUUCAUGCACAUCUCAGCUGUUGCGCGGCCUCGCAACCCCAGUCAUUACCGAUUCAAUUGACAUUACCUGAUUCUUUACUGAACGCGGCCGGCGGCGCGAUGAGCGAUCAAGCCCGCCGUUGAGCUGCUAAGCACAACUUCCUUUGUUCGCUGAGUUGCUUCCCGCUCCAACGGUGACCGACAGCCUUGCCGAGCAUAUGCCUCCACCUUCAGAUGCAUCCCCGUCGGCUCCGGAGACAAGGACCGCUGCGUCCGGGCUGGCGGGGGUCUUCAGAAAUCUUACCGCGGGUCGGCUGAAAUCUUCGAUGGACCCUCUGCCCACGCUCACGACACUGGAACCAGCUCAUUCCUCGACCCUCGAGUCUCAGUCAAAGGAACCUAAUAGAGCUCUCCCAGAUGAAGGUGUAUUAGGUGGGCCUCCGGAACUUGCACAACUUCUCAAGCAAUUACAGCCGGCGUCGAGCAUGAAUGCUCGAGUCUCGGCGGCCGAGGAGAUCGGACGUAUCCUCGAGUUGUAUCCUCUGAAGAAUGUGGCUGCAAUUUGGUCGGCGGGAAGAAGUCUGGUGGAUAAACACAAUGUCGCAAGUACACGCAAGGAAGGGUUCGGGCUUUUGAUUGCAUGUGUGAAACAUGCAAAGUUGACUCCUCUGGAACGGCGCCAUUUCUUUGAUGAGAUUACAAUGAUCACUAAUCCCGAAGAUUUCAUUUUCCAACUCGCGGCGCUGGAGGAGCUGGCAAAGCGGGGCAAAGACGUUGAAUCUUUUGAAGGCUUAAUGGUACCGGUCCUCACCCGUUGGCUGCAGCAGUGCUUCCAACUCGCAACCCUAGCGCGCGCCGCCCUGAGAAAGGAAAAGAGCGCCAAAGCCCCUGCGACGCUGGCAGAAGAGGCUACCUUGACGCAAGUUUUCAAUUUCCUGAGGGACAUUAUCAAGUUCAACUUUCGAUCGUUUCGCGAGCUCGAUAUUCAGGAUCUUUUGGAGCAAGUGCUGGCUAUUUGUCGGAAGACGACAGCGGAGGUUGACGUGGACAAUGCCAUCAAACUCAUCGACACCAUGAUCACGUACGCUUAUAUUCCGGAUGCCAUGCUAGAGUCGUGCAUCGAAGUUUUGUGCAACAUUUACGGAAGCAUCAAGGGACUCAUCGACCCAGCUUGGAACGCCAUCAGCAACCUUCUCCGCUCUCAUGUUGCCCAGAAAACUUCGGAUUUUCUGCUUGCAAUGAUCUCAGAAGCUGCAAGCCACCGUGGUCGCAACAUGAAUGCGAUCUGUGGCGCGAUCAGCAUCAUGCGACGGGUUGAGACAGCAAAUCCGGCGGACAGACUUCCAAACGUACCACUGAGAAAAUUUGUCCGAGCACUCGAGCUGGCGCUGCCCGCUCGUAGCGCUCGACUGAGUUCGGACAUUUUGAAAGCGCUGACACACAUUCUCGAAAAUGAUGACCUCAUGGAGUCAACCUCGGAGAAGACAUGGGACUCACUGCUGGAGGUAGUGGUUCAAUGUUCGAAGAACCUAGAGGAGGUGUCGGGGAAUCGAAAAACUUCACACCAACAAGGAUCGUUAGCGCCAAAAGAAAAUAAGGAUCAUGGAUCAAUUGGGGAUCUGCCGCCUCUCCUAUCGCCAAUAUUCAGCCGUCUAGAGUCGUUGUACGAAAAUCUGGACCCUUUUCAGCGAGCAAGCGUCAUGUGGUUCUUCAUGGAGCUUGCUGACCGACUUCCCGACUCUUGUGCCGAGCUCUUAGUAAAUUAUUACAAGCAGGAAAACCUCUGCUAUCCUUCGAAUGAGAGGUGGUUGGUAGACUCGCGGAGGCUUGUUGAGGUGUAUCUGAAACAGGGCGAUCGUCCGUCGGCUCUUCGGAUUGAACUAAUACAAACGCUCACCGAUGCGUAUCAGACGAUAUCUUACAUAUGUCCGCACGAUGUGGUCAGCGAGUUUGCCAUGUCUGUACUGGAUUGCAUCGAAGUCGAGAGGGAUGUUCGCAUAUUAGAUCCUCUUGUAACAUUCGCCGUUGAAGUGGCCAGUGAUGCUGACGAGAACCUUUUCUCCAAAAUUAUUACGCUUCUUCGGGAGCGCGCAAUAGAGCCAAGCCGUUCGCUGUCCGCCGCUUCAGGCGCAGCCCGUUCCACUUCUCCGUCGCCCUUGCGAUCGUCUACUUCACCUGCUGCGUCCCAAUUUCAAGCAGGGACUUCCACGUUUCGCGUAGCUGCUGAAGGGCUCGUGAAAAUUUUCAUUGGGUCUCUUAAAUCACCAUCUUUCAAGGGCUUAAUGACUUACACAGAACUUUUGCAUAUUGCACGGUCUGAAACAGCAGAAAUUGAUGCCAAAAUAGCUGUUCUGAAGUUGCUGUUUAGGCUCCGAGCUGACUCCAACUAUGCCAUAUAUAUAAUACCUUUCACGGAAAGCGAAAAUCUUGCAGCAUCAUUGUGGCGGACACUGGAGACGACAUCCGAGUCGAACGAGUCAGACGAGACUGGGACAAUACGCAGUUCAAGAUCUGACGAGGCCCGGAACGAGCAACGGAUAUCGCGAAUCGAUCGAAGUAUAUCUGUGAACCGGCCAAAUUCCCAUCCUUCAAAACCCGCGAACCGACCCUUGAGCGGAAUGCCUCGCGCGACUAAAGCGAUACCUCCACUUUGGAUGCAUUCUGGCCACGGCUUCCUUCCAAUAGAUCCACCCGAGGAAUCCAGUCCUAUGCUGUUUUCAACCGACGAGAUACCAGAUAUGGCGACUGAGCGGCCAAUUGGUUGCGCUACAAUCUCGAUGAACCUGUGGCUUGAGGCGGUCAUUCCAAUCUUGCAACAAGGCGCCGAUUGGGAGAUAUAUAGUUAUGUCUUGCUCCACCUAGGAUCUCAGCUCACCAAUCAUGCGCUCUUCCUUGGAUCAAGGCCGCAAAUUAGGAUGCUCCGGAAUAUCUUGUGCGAGCAAAUUCGGGCAACCAGCUUCUACGACCCUCCUCAGACGACCGGCCUGAGAAGAUCGGAUGUUGCGACUUGCCUUUUCCAAGUCCUUUCUAUGUUGGUCAGUUUUCGAAAACAUUUCGCCAAGAGCGAAGAGGACGAGAUUGUGCGCACCUUUGUCCUCGGAGUGGGCUCCUGGGAUACGACUUCUCCUGGGUGUAUCCACGCGCUUUCGGUCUGCUGCUACGAGCUCCCACUUUCUGUGACAAAGUCAUUGAACCAGAUUCUGCAGAAGAUGUCCCAGAUUAUUACCCAAUCCCACGUGACGGUGCACAUUCUCGAAUUCCUUGUCGGUCUUGCAAGACUGCCAGAAGUUUAUGUCAAUUUUCGAGACGACGAGUUCCGGACCGUCAUUGGCAUCGGGUUCCGCUACCUUCAGUAUGUACGCGAGCAGCGGGAAAAGGGACAAUCCGCGCCUUCACUUCGGGGUCACCCGGGGCUUAACAAACACCUAAGUCCUACAAAAGAUGCAGCAGCAGCAGCGGCGGGAUCUCCUGACAGCACUAGUUCAGCCUCGAAAGGAGCCCAGGACCUUCCGCAAUAUGUCUACGCUCUGGCCUAUCAUGUUAUUACAUUUUGGUUCAUGGCGCUCAAGUUACAAGACCGGCCCAAAUUCGUUCCCUGGAUGACGAAGAGCCUUGUGUAUACAGACUCAUCAGGAAGGGAGGUUGUCGAGGAACAGAGCCGGGUCACCAUCGAUAUGAUGCAGAGGGUUGCGUACUCGGACCGGGACGAGACACUGCCUAAUACUGAAUUUGCCAAGGCGCAUGACGGAAAUAUACUGACCAAAUCGUAUCUUGUCGGCCUGUGUAUUAUUACGAUUGAAACUGCAACCGCCUCGGGUCUUUCGCAGAUUACGAAGCGACAGCCUUCUGGCACCGACUAUUUCAUGUUUCGACCUCAGGCAGCGAAACCGCCGCAGCAUCAGGUUCCGCUGUGGAACGAAACCGUUUCCGAGCCAGGUAAUCCGGCAUCGCGAAAGGCAGUGCUUCCAAGCUACAUAUCCCUCAUUUUGAAUUCAGCUGCUGCGGUCACGCCGCGCUCUUUGCAACCGAUUCCUCUGCCCGACGACGAUGCGACCAAACGCGCCAUUAAUAUGUUUGACCGCAAUGCUACGGUAGACGGGUACAAGGUCGGGAUCAUAUACAUAGGAGAAGGCCAGACUCAUGAAGUAGACAUUUUGUCAAACGAGGUCGGGUCACCCGAUUAUACCGACUUCAUCACCAAGAUUGGAACCCUAGUCCGUCUCAAGGGCGCCACGUUCAAUACGCAAGGCUUGGACCGCGAAUUCGAUAUCGACGGAGAAUAUGCCAUUUGCUGGCGAGACCGCGUAUCUGAGAUUGUUUUCCACACAACGACGAUGAUGCCGACCAAUCUAGACCAUGAUCCGCAGUGUAUCAACAAGAAGCGACACACUGGCAACGAUUUUGUCAAUAUUGUCUUUAACAACUCUGGCCUUCCAUUCAACUUUGACACGUUUCCCUCUGAAUUCAACUAUGUCAAUAUCGUCAUCACUCCAGAGUCUCGCGCAGCCUUUGUCUCACGGCUCUCGCCAUAUCACGGCGGAUUCGGCAAAUACUACAAAGUCCAAGUCAUGAGCAAGCCCGGGUUCCCACGCAUCUCGACAGCCUCCGAGAUUAAAAUGGUCAGUGGCCAGAGCCUACCUGCCUUUGUCCGAAUGCUGGCCCUGAACUCGUCGACCCUCUCGCUCGUCUGGGCGAAUCGCGCUGGCGGCGAACACAUUUCGCCUUGGCGCAACCGAUUACGCCAGAUCAACCAACUCCGCGAACGAAACGCAGGCGGCACCACAGGAGGCGCCAGCUCCCCGACCUCCACCUCUCCCGUCCAUCAACAUGCCCAACAUCUCCACUCCUCCUCCUCCCAUCACCCACACGGUCCACAUGGUCAAGCCCCAGGUGGCCUCGGCCAGGCCGGCAGUACCUUCUCCUCGAGUCUCUCGGGCGCGGCGGGACCUCGCCGCACUAGCAUUGCUGCUUUCCUCAGUGAAGCUACUGCCAGCCAUAGAAGCAGCGUCAGCAGCAGCGGACUCAGCAGCACGACAGAACGAGACGAGAAUGGAGCAAACGCCGUCGAGACGCUGGCUGAGUCGUUUGACUUUAGUCGCUGGGCUUAAUCUCUGACCGUGUGUAUUCAAGAAAUAUUUGCAAUCUUUGCAUCUUUUCUUUGUCCCCUUCAUCUCGCUGCAUUUUUCUUUGUUGUAACAUCUUUUUUUUUUCCAUUUAUGUUCUUCU